ACGUUGCCACCCACUCACUCGGCCGGCCGGCCACCCACCCAUCCACCCACUCGCGCGCACACGCACGCACUCACUGCCACUCCACUCUCUGCGUGCGCGCACGCGCGCUGUUAAGUUCGAGCCAGCGCAGUCUUCGUCUUCUUCCAGAGCCAGCCCCGUGGGCUGCCGAGUCUCAGCUGGGUAGCCGUGGCUCUGUGUGUGCGAGCGCGUGGUAAAAAAAAUUGUUGAACGCGUAAUUCACGUGCUUGGCGCACGUGCCGCCGGGUCGAUUGCGUUCUAUUUCACGAGCCUCUAGAUAGACACAUUCACGGAUCCACGAACGGCUAUACUGAUUUACGCGUGUACAACACGGACAUCCAACGCGGCGUCGUAGUAGCAACCCGCAGGCUACACUACAAAGUUGCGAGCGCGGAUGGGAGCCAUGAGCGAACCUCAACUCCCCCCGGCACGAACUUGUCGAUAAACAACCCGGCAGAGGAUAAGACGUCGCAUCCAGACGAACAGAGGAGCGACAACUCGUGACAACAACAACAAUAACAACUACAGCAGCAGCAGCAGCACAACUGCUCCAGUUGGAGUCGCGCGGUUGAUUGUCGAUGAAGGUGAAUCUGCGAUGAGACCGGUGAAGAGACACUGACGAUAAAGAAGACACGACCGAUCUCCAGUACUCCACCGGGUCCACGGUGUGGUCUGCUUAGUCAUCUCAUUGCUGCUGCUGCUGCUGCUACGGUGGUGGUUGGAACGAUCUAGCCGCGCGUGCGUUCGGCUCCAUGGCGAGGCGCGUGUGGAGGUGGUGGUUGUUGUUGUUGACGUUCGCGUUGGUGAUGACGAGGGCGCUGUUGGAGGAGGACUUGGCCCAAGAGGAGGACGAGGCACGGCCGUUCAUGGGCAUGGAUGCGCCACCUAUGGGCCACGCCGUGCCGUUCGCCGAGGUGUGGGCGCACAGCUACUGCCGCGCGCUUGAGGUGCUGGUGGAGGUGUCGCGCGAGUACCCGGGCGCCUUCCCCUUCGUCGUGCGGCCCGCCUGCGUCCCGCUCUUCCGCUGCGGCGGCUGCUGCUCCGACGAGGGCCUGCAAUGCGCGCCCACGGCCACCUACAACGCCAGCAUGCAGAUCCUGACCAUCAGACCGUUCCACAAGCCGGAGAUGCAGGAGAUGUCCUUCCUUCAGCACGGCGCGUGCGAGUGCAGAACGCGGAGGAACGGACAACGAAGGGGACGAAAUAGGGGACAAGGUAAAGGACGCAGGAAGCAGCGAGGCAGGGGUUGCUCAUCCUGCUCGGGGUCGCGGUGUCUCCCGGAGACGGGGCGGCGAGCCUGCAGGAGAGAGCGGCCGAGGAGGUGACCAUCUCCCAUCUCCCACGAGCCGCCGAGAACUCUGACCACCACAUCAAGCGGACCCGGACACACGAACAAUUUGCGGCGCCCGCUUCGAUCGCAAACCAGCCCUCGCCAUAGAAACGUGGAAUUUACACCGCUGAUGGAGGGGGGCAGGGGGGAAGGGGUGGGAGACGAGCGAGGCUCCGAUCUUCCAAGAGCACGGCACACUUGUUGACUUUGCCCGGCAUCACCGUGCCCUCUCACCGUGGUUGUCUGAAUGUACAUUGAAUUUAUUUUGCCAACAUAAGUGUGGUUGGGGCGAGCGGUGUUUGGGAGCCCGGUCAAUUAUUCCACUGGGCGUGGGGUUUUCUCGCGGUUGUGCUGUUCGGCUUCUCCGAUGCGUGUCUUUUUGGGGUCUUAAUUUUUUGGAACUUAAUUUGUUCCUGCAGAAGCUCCCAGCACGCGAAGCGUCCGACGUCCUGCCGAACGAACAACUCAUGGCACAAACCCAAAAGAAUCCCCACCUUAUUGGAGAGCUGGCUACAAACUACAAAUAGCCUGGCACUCAUUCACGGCCUCGGCCUACUGGACUGGCUGAUUGUAGCAACACCCACGAGGCGAUGCUCCACUAUUUAAUUCUCAAUAAAUUCAUGAUUGAGCUGAUACCCAAAUCGACAACGACAAAAAAAUCUACACGUUCGUCAAUAACGCUGUGGCCUUUAAAAGGAAAGAGUAUACAGUCGGUUUGUGACGUUUUGCGCAAUGGCACUUGGGAGGCCAAAGAUGUAGAGUGAUUAUUAUUAUUAUUAUAUACUUCAUACUUUUCCCUUUUUAAAGGUAGUGCUAUUAACGAAUGUAUCGACUUUUUGUUGUUGCCGUUACUUGUGCUUGUACACAGCUGCCAACGCAGCAGCAUCGCAAAAAAAUGUGGUACGCAUAAGAGAUGCAUCUUGAAAAAAAACCCGUGAUAAGCCGAAACAUCUGGCUGUGCAGAAAGCUUUACGCGAGAAUGUGCAUCAUUAAGUUAGUUCACUGUGUGGCCAUCGGUGGGGAGAUGAUACAAUUGCAAGGUGUCGGACUGAAGCCAGCACGUGUUACCGUUAAUGUAUUUAUGGAUUAUAAACAUUUGCUCGGCACACCUCUCGUGUAUUUAGCCGAAUGCCGUUGCACGCGACUGCGAAGUCGGAGCAACAGAUGCGCAGCAAGUAACAAUCGGUGAGCUGCUCUGAGUGGACUUGGGCCCACGUAGCCCACGGAGUCACCGCGGCAGCCUCCUCCUCCUCCUCCAUGCGCAGGGGGCAGCCGUCCCGAGAGGCCCCGGACCAUUUCGUCGAAACGUCACAGCCGGAGACGAAGAUGUUGUGACAUAGCCGCCUGCUGUGUGUGUAUGUUGAAUUUCUUUCGCACCGUACGUAGCCAACCGUGCUAAUCGGAGGUGCGAGGGAAGGACAAAAAAAAACACAAAACAGUUCUGAAGAAAUGAGUUUUCAAUCGAGAUGACUUCAAAUUGCACGGCUCCAGUGGCUUCCUAAUGUCGGAAGGAAGAGCGUUCCAAAUGGCUGCAGAAGCACACCUGAAAGCGCCACGCGACGCGGUGACCGACUUUGUUCGAUGGCCAGCAGCUGCCCACGUUCGCACCGAGGGCAGCUGUUGCAGGAGAGGCCCCGUCGGUGUUUGGAAGCUGCACGCAAGCCCGCGUUGAUAGGCGGAAACCGUUCAACGGAACCCGCUCAUGGCUAGAAGUCCGAACCCUUUCGAUAGUGGAUAUUAAUUCACGGGAAUUUGUCAUUUUUGAAAAGUGUUUUUUUUUCUUCCAGCGCGCUCUGCAUCCUCCUCUGUCCAAAGGUGCGCCGACGUGAAACCGGGGCCAGCGUUCCAUGACGGCUAGAGGACACCAUCGGCGUUGCAUAACCGCUUUGCGAACAGGGUCUUUGGUAUGGACAGCGGCCUUGUCUUGCGUAACGCUUCCCACGCGUCGCCGAUCUUCAAAGGGCGGAACAGACGCAAGUGACGUGAGGCUGCCCGUUCUGGACUCCAGGGUCGGACACGGCUGCACAGUUAAUCCACAGACUGAGCAAUGGCCUGUGAUGUUGUCAGGUCUGGCGAUGCCACGGUCUGGCACGAGUGGGGCUUCUGCCAUGGGACAAAUAAUGAUCGUGACUCGCGUGAUAUUCGCGUGUGUCAAGAUCGAAAUUUGUUUUGUAUCCGUCCAAUUCAAAACAGACGUUUCUUAGACGCAAGAAAAAAAAACACGGGAGGCUUUUACAUAAGAGGCAUCGUUCAUCGAAUCGAUAUCUGUUAAUGGACUGAAGACGAGUCAUUGCAAAGGUUAUUAAAGUAGCGUUUGGUGAAGACUAGAAUUGAGAAUAAUACAUCCAGAUAACGAGUCUCGAGGUUCAUUACGGCGUUCAUUUGUAACCAAAGCAGUUAUAUUGUUGUCUUAUUGUUUUUAUUGUACGCAUAAUUUCGAGGCAAUUGUUGUUGACGUGUUAUUUUCUCUGCACUAUAUGACAGAAAUCUACGGACGUUCGAACUCACACCAGCCCAUGCAGUGCCUACCGUGUAUGAUGAUUGAAAUGUGCUUUACAAUGCGCGGUUUGUCCUUCACCUGAACAAAACGGCACCGACAAAUUUCCUAGCGCUCCUUCAUCAGCCAGCAGCAGUAGCCAUGUUCUAUCCACUGCUGGAUGAAGGCCUCCCUAACGUCGUCGUCGUCAUCCCUCUCUCGGCGAUCCAACGAUCCGCGCGGCACCUGCCACCCCCCAAAGGGCUCGCUCCUCCUGCACCCGGGCUGAUUUCGUCAUGUCGUGUUUGGGAAGACAAAGGCGUCCGGGGAUGGUGCUGGUGCCAGCCACCCAACGCCCCUCUCUCCCACACCUAGUGUAACGUCCCGGCCUUGAUAGGUGCUCGCCUUCAGCAUUUGCCCCUAACAGUCUCGAUCGGUUCAAACGUGGGAGCUUCGCGCGUGGCGUGUUGAUUCUGCGAAUAGCGUGGCUCUCGCGCUCGAAAGCCCAUUAAUGGCCGGGAUCAAUAACACCAGCGAGCGAUGGUGAAAUCAACACCCAGAGAACGUUGCGCAAUAGUUUCCAACCGCGUUAAGAUGCGCACCGCUAUUUGCCCAACCACGCCGAGACUCAAGAAUUGAUGGUGUUGGUUAGCGUUGUCGUGGGCAUCGUAGCGGCUUCCAGCGGCUGCGUAGGGACCACGCGAAUUCAACGGACGGACGGCGUGAACGUCGUUAAACGAUCGGCGGCCAAGCGCAAUUCGAUGCAUAGAGGAGCCUCAUUUCAAUGGACGAAUCGAUGAUUCCAUUGGUAGGUGCCUUGCUUAGGAGGUGCAGAACUCGCCGUGUGGUCCGGAUUUACAAGACGCAACCACCGUGGUGGGGGGGGGGGGGUCAAGGGUGUUGAGGUUCAACCCCCUUCUGCAUCACGCGGUGGACAAAAAUAAGAAUCGCAUCAGAUGGAGGGCAUCGGAAUCAUUCUCGGGAAGCUAAAAGCGACUGCCGCCGAGUGUCCGAAUGGCCCGGUUCGUGAUGGUUACCGAGUUCCAUACCGUGUCAACCCAUACGGUUUACCCCGUAUUCUUGUACAGGGAAAUUGAGUUUUCAGGUUCAUACGGCGUACAGCCGGUUCAAUACGGCCAACAAUUUUAUUUUGUCUAUUUGUGUUGCGUUUCUCCCUUGCGAUGGGACUUUGUAGGAUGAACGUUGACAUUUAGAAGGGGCACGGGGUGACCAAUGGGGUCUAAAUUGGUCUGUGAUAAGGUCGGGCACUGAUGAUGAGUGGUUGACGGGUUAUUGUAUUCAGUAAGACUCAGCCCCACGCGUCCAUGAAGCGAUGUGAGUCUGUGCUCUUUCUCACACACGGCGACCGGAUCGUGAGACGCAACCCGAAGUUUUGCUUUAAAAUACUCGGACAGGGGGGGUAAGUUGAGGGAGGGGGGGUAGGUUGAGGGGGGGGGGCAGGUUAAGGGGGGGGCAGGCUGAGGGGUGGGGGGGCGUCUUACACUCUGGAGAGUGUGCGGCCCGGCGAACACGUUGAGCGGUGACGGUGUGUGUGUGUCUGUGUGUCUCUGUGUGUGUGUGUCUAUGUGUGUGUCUGUGUGUGUGUGUCUAUGUGUGUGUCUGUGUGUGUGUCUAUGUGUGUGUGUGUGUCUGUGUGUGUCUCUGUGUGUGUGUGUCUGUCUGUGUGUGUGUGUCUGUGUGUGUGUGUGUGUGUCUAUGUGUGUGUGUGUCUGUGUGUGUGUGUGUCUGUGUGUCUGUGUGUGUGUCUGUCUGUGUGUGUCUGUCUUGUGUGUGUGUCUGCGUGUGUGUGUGUGUCUGUGUGUGUGUCUGUCUGUGUGUGUCUGUCUUGUGUGUGUGUCUGCGUGUGUGUCUGCGUGUGUU